AUGGAUGCAAUAUUAUCCCGACUGAAGCAGCUCACCCCUGAUGAGCUUAGAGAAGAAAUCGUAAGAGCAGGACUGAAAUGUGGGCCCAUUACCUCAACUACUAGGUUUAUUUUUGAAAAAAAAUUGGCUCAGGCGUUGUUGGAGCAGCAGGGAAUGUUGGAGGAAAAAGGAUCUGCUCUGUCAGAGGAGGCUGCCGGAAAUGUCCCACCUGAUAGCAGCCGGGCAGAAGCACAAAAAGCUUCAAAAACAACUGCAGAUCACAACGGUCACGGAGGUGUUUGUGAAGAGGCAGAUUUUGGGUACUGUGUAGGUCUGAACCCUCCAGAAGAAGAUGCAGUGAUGCACACCAACUGUUCAACUCCAGUCUGCGGAGCAGGAUGUGUCGAUUCACACAGUACUCAGACACCCUCCAGGGAUCCGCCACUCUUCUAUGGCGUUUGUCCCGUAUACGAUGACAUACUGGCAAGGAAUGAGAGAAUACAUGUUUAUGAAGACAAAAAGGAAGCUCUCCAAGCUGUUAAGAUGAUUAAGGGUUCCCGUUUCAAAGCUUUUUCAAACAGGGAGGAUGCUGAGAAAUUUGCUAAAGGAAUCUGUGAUUAUUUCCCAUCUCCAAGCAAGUCCUCUCUAUGUUUGUCUCCAGUGAAAAUGGGAUCCUUUAACAGAGAUGUCUUGUGCUCCCCUGAGACCGAAACUGCUAAUAAAGAGAGACCCAACAGUUACAAAAGUCCACGUACUCAAGAUCUUACGGCUAAACUUCGGAAGGCUGUUGAGAAAGGAGAUACAGCGACAUUUUCAGAACUUACUUGGAGCAACCCUCGCUAUCUGAUUGGGUCAGGAGACAAUCCAACAGUUGUACAGGAAGGGUGUAGGUACAAUGUCAUGCAUGUUGCUGCCAAGGAGAAUCAACCUGCUAUUUGCCAGUUAUUACUGGACACUUUGGAAAAUCCUGAAUUUAUGCGGCUUAUGUAUCCAGAUGAUAACGAGACGAUGCUGAAGAAGCGCAUCCAGUAUAUUGUUGACCUGUACCUUAACACACCGGAUAAAAUGGGAUUUGAUACUCCACUGCAUUUUGCCUGCAAGUUUGGGAAUUUGGAUGUUGUUAACGUGCUCACCUCACACCCCGCGAUUGUAAAAAAUCCAAGGAACAAGUAUGAUCAAACUCCAGCAGAAGUAGUUUGUGAAAGAAGCAAGAAUAAAUCUGCAGAACUGAAAGAAAAGCUGAGAGAGUACUUGAAAGGUCGAUACUAUGUACCACUCUUGAGAGCAGAAGACAAUUCCUCAGCUCCUGUAAUUGGUGCACCAUGGUCGCCCGAUCAGACGGACGAUAGCCCCCAGAGGACUUUAUCUAAAUACCCUGGCAGCCCCAAAGAUCCCGUGCUGUCGAUAAGAGCUUUCGCAGGCCCCAUGAGCCCCUCAAAGGCUGAAGAAUUUCGCAGGCUUUGGAAGACUCCACCUCGUGAGAGAGCCGGCUUCUUUCACCAUGUCAGGAAAUCUGAUCUGGAGAGAGGUGUUGAAAGAGUCGGAAGGGAGUUAGCACAUGAGCUGGGGUUCCCGUGGGUUGAAUACUGGGAAUUUCUGGGCUGUUUUGUUGAUCUGUCUUCCCAGGAGGGGUUGCGAAAAUUAGAAGAGUACCUGAGUCAUCGGGAAAUGAGCGAAAAGGCUCAGCAAGAAACAGGGGAAAAUGAAACCUGCAACAGAUAUAAAACUCCCCACCCUUCUGGCAAGAGUAAAAAGUGCUGCAAUUCCAUUUCUGUUGGAGCAUUUUUGGAUGAGGACGAUGAUGACAUGAGUUUAGAAGAAAUCAAAAACAGACAAAACGCAGCACGGAAUAUCAGCCAACCUCUCGUGGCCAAAGAACCCAGCAUUGAUGCUAUUGGGGAAGCCGAGUGUAACAUCCUGUCGAUGGGGCGUAUGGCGAACAUCAUGGAAACAGCACAUUGCCCUGGGCACUACGAAAAGGCGGCUGCUCCCAGCAAAAACGGGUUUUGUAGUCCUGCACCCAGUGGAAGGAUGAUGAGUGACAGAAAGCAUUUGCAUGAUGGAGAAGAGUGCCCCGUCUCACCCGUUUCCAACUUAAUGUCAGAAUUUGAAAGCCUGUCAUUCCAAGAACAAGAGGUUGCUGGAGAGUCAAAUAAAAUCACUGGAAAACCUGAGAUUGAGAGAAUUUUGGCUGAAGGAGCAAGUCAGGUGAGAAUGCCCAAGGACCAUCUGGAUAAGAGCUACUGCGCAGUUUCACCGCCAAGUUCUUCUGUGCCGAGUGUUACAGGGAAACGUGGAGAGACCAGGCUAAGGGCUGAACACAAAAUACCAUCAGAAAAGGAGAGACUGUCCACAGAAUCUGGAAUUCAGGCUAAUGAAGCACAACAGCAGCAAGAAUUUUCUUCCCAGAAAUUUGUUUUGAAGUCCUCGUCCACAGAUGACAAUUCUAAGAAGUUCUUCCUGCUUGGGGAGCAGCCCUCGAAGCUGGACAGUGAUGUCUUAGCAGCUAUAGAAGCAGUAGAGAUUGAUCCACAGAAAUACCCGGUUAUUUACAAGUGGAAGCACGUGGUGCAGUCGUACUCGUCAUCUGACAGGCAAAGUUGGCCAAGCCCAGCUCUGAAGGCAAGAUUCAAGUCCCAAACCGUCGCUGCAGGCCUUCCAAACACCUCGGCGUAUUCUAAUUCAGGAAGGCAUAGCCCCGUAAUAGGAAGUCCGGGGAAGUACGGCAACGCCACCUCGUUCCCUUCAGACCCCGGGAGUCCUGGGCGCUACAGUCCAGCUUGUGUCAACGACGCGCUGUUGAAGCGGCGGUAUUUUGCAGAGCCGCCUGCCCACUAA